CGGGUCGGGAGCCGACGCUCGGGAGCGGCGGGCGUGUCGCUGGCGCUACUGACUGAGUCGCCCGCUCAUAGGAAACGUUCCGUCGGUAAGCACGAGUUUGAACCACAAAGGGGUGCCUGCCUCGGUUCGCACGCCCGCUGCCUGCCCAAAUGAUCCGUGCGCCGAAACGAGUCCGGCAGACUCGCUGCUAGCAUCGAUGGAUGGUCCACUGUGCACAGUGGACCAUGGACCGCACGGCUCAUUUUGGGUUAGCCCUCUUACAAGGAUCAUUUUUAAUGACAUUAUUCAUCCCAGAAAAUGCGCUGGCCCGCGUGGCCCGCCCAUCCGGCACCCCCAAAGAGGCCGUUGCAACCAGUGUUGAAGCACUACACCUCGCCGCACUCUCGGCUCGGGUUCGGAUGACGCGACUCGUAAGUCGCGUCGCCAUCUGUAGCCGCCGCCUACGUCACUGGCGCGGCCGCCACGACCAGCGCCUCCUCCAGCGAUGGCCGAGCAAGAAGAAGACCCCAGAGCAUGGUUGAGGUCGCACCGCGCGGCCCGCGUGCGGAACCUGCUGCACGUGACCGUCGCGCUGCGAUCCGGCCGCGGACAGCCGAUUGCCGAGGCCCUGAGCGACGCGCUGCUGGAGGCGAUGCGGGCCGGCAACGAGGAGCAGCUGAAAUACUUAGUGCAAAUGGUAGCGGACGGUCGUCUGAGGGAGGACAGUCUGGCCGCGGCGUGGCGCAGGGCGCGCGUGCAGAGGCUGCCCCUGAGCAGGGACAUGCAGCGGCGGGCAGUCGACUUUAUGGUGAAGCUGCGCUAUGGGUAUGGGCCGUUUACCACCGAGGAGCUGAGCCGCAUGCUACUGAGGGUCAACUGCGUGGAGGGCGCGGAGUUCUUACUCCGCACAGUGACGAACGUCCAGGUGCAGAGGGACAGUCUGGAGGCGGCGUGUGGCCAAGCCCGGGACCAGGGCGUGUUCCUGAGGAACAAAAUACAAAAACUUCUGAAGCGUCUUCUGCGCGGCUACUCGGAGCUCCUGAGCAGGGAGCAGCCCCUAGGUUGGGACGCGCUGUGGGGCCUGGUGGACCGGCUGCUGGACGAGUACCUGCCGCGCCUGCUCGACCUGCUCGGACGCGACGGCGAGGAGGAGGACGAGGCCGUGGAGUUGGCCACGCUCUCGGCCCUUGCCAUCCGCGAGCUGAAGGGGCACUUCUACCGGUCCUACGGCGAGGUGCCCUGGGAGGAGUUUGAGUACCUCCUGGUGACGUUCGUCGAGGCGCGGACCGUCUACAAGACCCUGGCAUUCCUCGUGGCCAGCAGGGACAGACUAAGAGUGCACCUGGAGUUCUUCCUGGAGAAGGUGAAGAAUCUGAGGACUACAUACAUAAGUCGCCUAGACAGGGAAGCAGCUGUGGAGGAAAUGAAGAAGGCCCCUAAAGGGGAGAGGGCCGUAGUAACAGCCAAGGCUUCUGGUGACCAGCCACUGAAGGCCAUCCGCGAGGACUUCGCGCUGCUGCGGGACUGGCACUCACUCGACGAGGUCGUAGAGGCCCUCGAGGCCGCCAUCGCCGCCUUGCGACUACCCUCGCAGAGCUGGGAGGAGUGGGGGUGGCUGGCUUUGCGAAGAGGUCUUUUCCUAGCCGGCGAGAAGAUGAAGAACACGUGGUCGUCACCCAACUUGUCCGGUCGCUACACCAAGCUCCUGGAGCUGACGGCCCCGGAAGGCAUCCUCAAGUUGUUGUGCAGUGGGAUCCGUGACGUUCAGGAGCACCCUAAAGUAGUGGCACCCGGGGCACCCGUGAGUAACGCGGAGGCUCUGACCAUGUCGGACCUGGAUUCUGAAGAGUGGCGGAGAGAGGGGUUGGAGGAGGAACUGGGGAGAGUGCUGCACACGGUCUCAGCCAUGCUUACGGAGGCUGAAUCUGAUUUAUGGGCAAAGAAGGGGAAGAAUCUUAUUGAUAUGGCGCAAAGCGGCAGAGUGAAUACAUCAUUACGAAGUAAUUGUGUGACGUCCGACACGAAUGUGAUUUACAGGGAAGUGAAAAAAAUACUUGAAGCUGCAAACACAGGAAGAAACGACGAGGAACUAGAAAAAAUCAUUAGAGAAUUAAGAGACUUGCUGCGCCACAAAGAUAGGAUUGAUGUUUUUCUAAAAACGCCCCCUCAACUUAAUCCACUUGCGGAUCACAACAACAAGGUGUAUAAGGCUGUGCUACAACACUGCCCGCAAGAUUUUCUUAGAAUUAUUCAACUCUUGGAAUGGAAAUGUGCUGAAGGCCUGAGUAACUUCCAAGCCGACCUGAAUGAGUCAAGUUGUAUCGGUGGUGGCUCUGGUGAGGCGUCUCGCUGCGCCAUUGAGCGCGGCCUCUCCGCCCUGGAGGCCAUUGAUCAUGACUCCAACCAUGAGGGGCCGGUAAGGCAGUACGCCAUAGAGGGCGGGCUGCAGGCGCUGGCCUCCCGCUGGUACAAGGACGACCGAGCUCCGCCACUGCUGGUCGCGCACGAGCCCGCCUUGUUCGGCCGCCAGUUGAGGAACUACCUGAACCACAAGGACCUGGCCAUGACGCUCUUGUUUCCCACGCGAAUGGAAUGUGGCAGCCUCUGGGUCCUUCUUCUUGAUAGCCGCAGCCUAGUCGCUGACCGCCGGGACGUGGCACCCAGGGUGCAGGAGCCGGCAGCCGCGGCAGUCGUAAACGCUGAGGUGUUGCGGCUGGCCAGGCUCAAGGACGACAUGUUCCGCGGCGCGCGCAGGGGAGACCUGGCCGAGGUGCAGCGCGCCGCGGGGCUCGGCGUGGACAUCUCCAGCAGGGACUGCCGGGGCCGCACGCUGCUGCACGCCGCCGCCGAGGCCGGCCGGGCCAGCCUGGUGGGCUGGCUGCUAAAGACCAAAGCCGUGGACCCGCUCGCCCUGGACUGGGAGGGGCGGAGCGCGCUGCACUGCGCUGGGACCGGGGAGGUCGCCAAGCUGCUGCUCGCUGCGGGCCGGGUGGCGCCUUGUGAUUACGGGUGCUCUCCUCUUCACACCGCGGCGUUCGCCGGGCGGGCCGACGUGAUCCUGGCGCUCAUUCCUCACUACGACCUCAACGAUAAGGACGGCACCCCCUUCACACCUCUGCACCUGGCUGCACGCGGUGGCCACGAAGCCGCGGUGCGCGCGUUGUUGCAGGCCGGCGCGCGGUACGAGUCUGUCAAGGAGGGGUGCACCCCGCUCUUCCUUUCAGCCACGGCCGGCAGCGCCCCCGUGGUGAGCCUCCUCCUGGACCCGUCCCUGCUGCUCCCGCAGCCCUCGCAUGUCGACUGCUGGCGCGCUGCCGGCGGUGCUGGCUACGCCGGGCUGCAGCACCACCUAGACGUGUUUUCCACCCUCACGGCCGAGCUGAAGAGGCGCAGCGCGCAGCUGGACAGCGCGGUGGCGCAGUGGUGCGUAGGCGGAGUGGCUGAGGGGGGCAGCACUGAGGUCGCCGACGAGCUGCUGGUGCACUGGCCGGAUGCUGUGCGGCUGGAGCUCGACAUCUACAACCAGAAAACUGCCCUAUCCAUCGCCGCAGCAAACGGUCGCGCUGCCCUGGUGCGCACCCUGCUGAGCCGCGGGGCUGACCCGCUGCAGCGCGACAAGGACUCUGACACUGCGCUGCACUUGGCGGCUCAUACCGGCUCCGUGGAAGUGAUCAACGCCCUGUGGGACCACACGCAGGCGGAGCAGGACGCAGGGAGGAGAGCGGAGCUGGGACUGCUGUGGGAGGGCCGGGGGGAGGAGGACCCACCGCUGUGUGUGGCGGCAGGGAGAGGCCACCUGGAGGCCCUGCAGCGGCUGGUGCAGCUGGGCGCGGACAAGGACGCGGGGACGCGUGAUGAACCUGAUGUGACGCCUCUCAGGCGGGCUGCAACCAGAGGACACGCAGAGGUGGUGCGGUGGCUGGUCAAGGAGGGCGCCCGCCUGUUCGACCGCAGUAAGCCUUCCUUCACACCACUGAUGGCUGCUGCACUGCGGGGGCACCUGGCCGUGGUGAAGCUCCUCGUGCCGGCCAGCCAGCUCACGAAGCAACAGCAGCGCGAGCGCCUGGACCUGCUGCAGCACGUGAAUCCUAACGGGUGGACAGCCCUGCACUGCGCUGUGCCGUUGGGCUCGCUGGAGGUGGUGAGGUACAUCCUGGAGCGGGAGCUGCAGCUGCUGGAGCUGCACUACAGCAGGACAGUGAAGGACAGGCGGAGUGUGACGCCGCGCAACGUCACCGUGUACAGCGUGGAGUGCACCAAUAAGUGCACCGCUUUGCAGUGUUGUGUCAGGUACGACGCCCCCUCCAGUGUGUUCCGCGAGCUGCUCCGGUACAUGGAGAACACGCGGCUGAUGGAGCUGGCCGGCAAGGAUGUGACGGACGUGCGCGACAUGGUGCGGGCGGCGCUGGAUCUUGUGGAGCCCGCCAGUCGCUCGUGGACCGCACUGUACGGGCGGGGGCACCCCGUCCAGGAGAUGAAGAAGGUGCUCAGGGAGUCACUCCGGCGGCUGCAGGACCCCGUUCUAAGCCAGGCGGAGGAGUCUCUACGGCUACUGUCAUUGUAGUAGCUCGGAGAACUGUGAUUGUAUAUUGAUGGCGAGGAAAUCUAAAAAUAAAAAAAAUAUUCUUGUUUA